UGUAAUGAUGAUGAAUAGUCAAUCUAAUCCUCCAAAAGAUUCACGACCACAACUUUUUUCAUCGAAUUGUUCUAUUCUAUGUGGAACAAGUGGUUAUUCUUAUAGACGUUGGCAUACAGGACCUACGAAUCAAAAUUAUUAUCCAGAUAAAAAUGAAUUUGAUUAUUAUUCUACUGAAUUUAAUACAGUUGAAGUAAAUUCAACAUUCUAUAAUAUUCCACCGGAAUCAACUUUCAAAGGUUGGGCUAAAAAAGCUCCUCGACCAUCGUUUCUUUAUACUGUCAAAGCCAAUAAAUUUUUUACUCAUAUGAAAAAAUUAAAUAUCGAUGAAAUGUGGAUUGAACGAUGGGAAACAUUCUGGAAUAAAUGUAAAUUACUUCAAUCACAUCUUGGACCUGUUCUUUUUCAAUUUCCACCAAGUUUUAAAAAUACGUCAACAACAAUAUCUCGUUUUGAUGAUUUAGCAAAAGUUUUACCGCAAGAUGGUAAAUUUGCUUUUGAAUUUCGAGAUAGAUCAUGGUUUUGUGAUGAAGUAUAUCUUAUUAUGAAAAAAUAUAAUUGGUGUUUAUGUGUUAUUCAUUGUGAAAAUUCAAAAGAUUGGUGUGGUAAUAUGCCAAACGGGACACUUCCAGUAGACAUAGACGAUCAUAAAACAUGUGACUGGGGUGUUUAUUAUCGUUUUCAUGGUUCAACAGGUCAAUAUAGUGGCGUAUAUGGAGAAAAACGUAUGCGUCAAUUAGCUGAAAAUAUAACAAAUCAUUUUCUUAAACAAACAACUAAUAAUUCUCUUCAAUUUUUCUUCUAUUUCAAUAAUACAGAUAGUCAUUCACCACCAGCUGCUAUACAAGAUUGUCGAUAUCUUGCUCAAGCAUUCAAAGAUCUUAAAAUCAUGGCUGAAUAA